UAAUUUCACUACAAACAUUAUUACCAGCAAAAUUUAAGAUUAAGCAAAAAACCUUUAAGGUAAAACAAACAUAGCCAAGAUUCGAGUUCAUAUAUAUAGAAUGCAUCCAUAUAUGAAUUUAUUACCAGCACCACUUCGUCGUCUCAUUUACCAUGGCUGAUUAUCAAGGUUACAUAGUUAUCUUCUUGUUCUUUGUCAUCCCUGUUAUAGUACUCCAAGCCAUAUUCAAAAGUCGAAAAAACUCCAGGCUUCCUCCUGGCCCUCUUAGGCUUCCAAUCAUCGGUCAUCUUCACCUUCUUGGCCCCAUACCACAUCAGGCUUUUCACAAGCUCUCCAUUAAAUAUGGACCUUUAGUCCAUGUCUUUGCUGGAUCUAAUCCUUGUGUCAUCGCCUCGUCUCCUGAAAUGGCUAAAGAGUUUCUCAAAAUAAAUGAGACAUCUUGGUCAGACAGGCCACAGAAUACAGCCACAGAUUACUUGGGAUAUGGCUCACAAGAUUUUACAUUUGCUCCCUAUGGACCAUACUGGAAAUUUGUCAAGAAACUAUGCAUGUCUGAGCUUCUUGGUGGUCGAAGUCUAGAUCUUUUUCAACCUGUUAGACGCCAAGAGAUUUGUAGUAUGGUCAAUGUAAUGCUUACUAAAGCCAAAGCUGGAGUGAAGGUUGAUAUUGGAGCUGAGCUCAUGAGGCUCAACAGCAAUGUACUUUCAAGAAUGAUUAUGAGGGAGAGGUGCUCAGAGAAUGAGGAUGAAGCUGGGAAAGUUAAGACAAUGAUCAAAGAGGUUUCUAACGUUAUAGGGAUAUUCAAUUUGGGUGACUACAUAUGGUUUUGCAAGAAGUGGGAUUUGCAGGGAAUUAAAAGAAAGCUUGUGAAUGUUCGCGGAAGGUAUGAUCUAAUGAUGGACAGGAUUAUACAGGAGCACAGAGACGUAAGGAGGAAGAGGAAAGCGCACGGUGUUGGCUCGUGCUCAGAGAAAGACUUGCUUGAUAUCUUACUUGAUAUUUCAGAAGAUGAGACCAUGGAGAUCAAAUUGAGCAUUGAGAACAUCAAGGCUUUCAUACUGGAUGUAUUUUCAGCUGGAACAGACACAACUGCCAUCUUAACAGAAUGGGCAGUUGCUGAACUAAUUAACCAUCCAGACAUUAUGCAAAAAGCUGUACAAGAACUAGACACUGUUGUUGGAACUACCAAACUAGUAGAAGAAUCUGACGUCGAGAAUCUCCCCUACCUCCAAGCAAUUUUCAGGGAAACUGCAAGACUUCACCCUGUUGCUCCCCUAUUAUUCAGACAAUCAAGCAAAGAUUGCAGCAUUGCAGACUACCAUAUACCCGCCAAGACAGGACUAUUUGUAAAUAAUUGGGCUCUAGGCCGAGACCCGGACCACUGGGAAAGUCCCCUUGAAUUUAAACCUGAGAGGUUUCUUCUAGGCACUGGAAAGAGACAGUUGGAUGUGAAAGGAGGGCAAUUUCAUUUCUUGCCAUUUGGAAGCGGGCAGCGAGGGUGUCCAGGGAGCUCACUAGCAUUGCAUCUUGUUCAAACAAGCCUUGCUGCAAUCAUACAAUGCUUUGAGCUAAAAGCAGGGAGUGAAGGGGAUCUUGGUGAUGGUAGUGUGGACAUGGAGGAGGCUCCAGGGUUGACACUCCCCAGGGCUCAUCCUUUGGUUUGUAGUCUGGUUGCUAGGCCACCAUUUGCAUGUAUGUAGCAAGGGGGUUUUUAAUUCAUGCAAGUCUUGUAAUAAUGAAGCUCUGGCAGAUUCUUUGGUCACUAAAAUUCUGCAAACAAAUUAAGAAGUUUAGGACCAACAAAUUUCACAGUAUUAGUCUAUGGAGCUUAGAAAGAAAUAUGCCUUGUUUGCUCUUCUU